AUGAAGGCGGUUAGAGGCCUUGCGAAAGCAUCGUGCCGCUACCUCGUCACGUUCGCAGCUUUAACAAGACCACGAAGUUGCAAUGCGUUUCAAGGCAAGAACGUUAUAUCGGCAACAGCUUAUCCAAAUCUAGCACCAUAUCAAGCGACCUCGAACGGAUCGACACUCGUCCAAUAUGAGCAUGCUGAGGAAGAGUUGAUGGAAGGCAUCAGGCUGAUUGAGAGCAUGAAGAGCGCUUCGACCUGCAAAACAAAAGCAACUCAGCAGCUACUGAAUUCAUGUUCAGCUCUUGACGGUACUGGGCCUAGUCAAGACAGACCCGCAGAAGAGCUCGAUAAAUUGAAAAGCCAGUAUGCUGCACGGUUGGCUGUUUGUGAACUGCAAGAAGCUGAAAAGCCUCCAAAAUUACCACGUUGCUCGAGUUUGGGGUCUUCUGGCCCCGGCGAGUUGGUCAAUCGCAGUCAACUGGCAGCCUGCUUGAGGGAACUUCAGAACAAUAUGGUAUUCUGGGGCUCAUACGUUAAUAGCCUGCAGAAUGUGGGUUACAUGUGCCAGGUGGCACGUGCAGAGAUCGAGAAAGAGCAGCUAGUAGAACAGCGCCAGGCUUCUCUACAGACUACACUCUUGGUGACAAGAGUGCUUUCAGAAUUUCAACAAAGCGUCGCAACACAAAAUGCAGAGCUCCUAGUUCAUGCACAGAAACUAAGAGACCUGCAUCGUCAAAACAUCGAGGAAUUAGCCAUGGCCCGCAAGGAUACUUCUGCAACCUUGCAUCAGCUCAGAGAAGACUUUAGUGCUCAGUUGCAAAACGUGGCUGACAAAGCAGAAGCCGUGAUUGAGACGGUGACAGCGAGUGCCAGCAACACAAAUGAGGAGCUUGGGCGGCAUGUGCAGAAUGUGCAGCACAGCCUUGCAAACAUCUGGCAGCUGAUGGCUGAGGGCAAUGCGGAAAUUGCUGCACGCCAGCUGCAAGAUUCGACGGAAAGCCACGAGAUGGCUCUGGCAAUCCAGCGCGCUCUGGAGAGCGUUGUCAUGGAUGAGAUUGGGGGACUCUCUGAUGCCUUGUCAAGUCUCUCUAGCGAUUUGUUACUCGCGGGGCAUCAAGUCACCUCGAUGCGCCAAGGACAUGCCUUCUUAGCAGAGAGUCUCGAUCAAUCCGUGGCCAAAUCUGUCCACGUGGCUGACACGCUCGACAAGCUGAAUGUGCCCGUCCUAGAGAUGUUUGCUCAAGCGGCGAGCCUUGCAAACUUCAUUUUUAGUGAUGCGUUCUUGGGUCUUGUCGGCUUCCUUUCACCAAUGGUCUUCGUCUUCGUCUGCGCUGCGGUCUUUCAGUUUAGGUUGAUGUUCUGGCUGCUGAGAGUCGGAGCUCUGCUCGGAGCCUCUUACGUCACCUUAUGUGUAUAUACGUACAGGGAUACCUCACCUGUCCUUCAAAAUAUCAUUCUCGGCGCAUGGCAAGCGACCACAACCUCACUGAUACUCCUCAUGUUGAGCUACAUCCUUUUUGUUGCUUUCAAGACCGCUCGAAGAACUUGGCAUAAGCUUGGUGACACGACCAGCAUGACGAUUACUCCUGACGAGGAUGAAGAAGCGAGCCGACUCAAGCGAGCCCGAAAGAAGAGCCUUGAAAAUGCCAGGAAAGCUCGCUUCGACAGAGCAUCAACCUCGCCGCCUUGCUGA